AUGCCCAGCAUCCGACUAGAUCAGGAUACGAAAUUGAGAACUCAUCUAGGUAGUAUAGCAAAGGUCCUACAACAGAAGACGCUCGAUCUACCCGCAGGCCGUAAGCGCCGUACGAUGCAAAGUUACGGAACCGUCCUUACGGGGCGUGAGAGGACUGGAGUGUUUCCUGUGCUUCCUCCGUUUCCUGUGGAGGAAAUGAUCAGAAGGCCGAUCGCCCUGGCGUCCAGCCGCCCUGACCAGUCAGCGCCCAGCAGAGCAGCGAGGGCGGGCAGCGGAGACCCCACUGACGCGUGUCCCUCGCCGUUAACCUUGGCUCUUUCGCAGGAAAUGUCCCAUUCACGUUCCUCCCCGAUACGCACCUUUCUCAUCGCCAUUCUGUUGGACCCUGACUAA